AUGUGUAGAUUUGCAGACAACUGCGAUUCUCAUAACAACUCGUGCGAACACAGGGAUCAUUACAAGCAGCGAAAUUCCUUUCGCCACUUUCCUCACUUGCCUACGAUUUUUGAGGUGGAAGAUGAGACAGAAACGGAUAACUCCACGAUCCAAAACGAUGUUGUGGAAUUUAUCACGAAAUUUCACACGAGUGAAAAUAGGUCCAACAAUCUUGGGAAGGGCUCUGCUCAAGUGCUAUCUACUGCGGACUUUUUCUUGUCUAAACAUUCCGCGAAAACGAUUUGCAUCGACAGGCAUAGAUCCAUCAAAGGUCUGAGAGUUCCCCGCCAAAGUGGUAGAAUGAGACUUGCAAACCAAGACCUGUUAGAAAAACAAUUAGGGAUUGCCGCAUGGAUGAAAUUUUUUGGUUAGUAAUUGUUCCUGUGAAAUAUCCUUCUGGUGUUUCUUAUGAAACGCCUUUCAGAACAACAGGCCGUAUCAAUCGGGUUGCAGAAGAAAUGCCGUGUAAUGUAUGUACACGUAAUUUUAAAUAUGUAACAUAAGUAUCGAUGUUAAAAGUGUCAAAACAAGAUUGAGGCUCUUGAAGGUUAAGUAGAAGUUUUUUUUUAUCAUUUAUUAGUUUUACUAUGUCAGUUGUAGUCAUAGUUAUCCUGGCUCAAGACGUGCUGAAGGUCUCGUAUUUGUCUAAACCUUGUUUUGAUAUAAUCCCAUCGAAAGCGGAAGACAAUUCACCUGCCUUCCGCUCCAACUAG